AUGGCUAAUGACACAUCUAUAGAUGGCCGGGACAGUGGUAUGGCUAAAGACACACCUAUAGAUGGUCGGGACAGUGGUAUGGCUAAAGACACACCUACAGAUGGUUGGGACAGUGGUAUGGCUAAAGACACACCUACAGAUGGUCGGGACAGUGGUAUGGCUAAAGACACACCUAUAGAUGGUCGGGACAGUGGUAUGGCUAAAGACACACCUAUAGAUGGUCGGGACAGUGGUAUGGCUAAAGACACACCUAUAGAUGGUCGGGACAGUGGUAUGGCUAAAGACACACAUAUAGAUGGUCGGGACAGUGGUAUGGCUAAAGACACACAUAUAGAUGGCCGGGACAGUAGUAUGGCUAAAGACACACCUAUAGAUGGUUGGGACAGUGGUAUGGCUAAAGACACACCUAUAGAUGGUCGGGACAGUGGUAUGGCUAAAGACACACAUAUAGAUGGCCGGGACAGUAGUAUGGCUAAAGACACACCUAUAGAUGGUUGGGACAGUAGUAUGGCUAAAGACACACCUAUAGAUGGUCGGGACAGUGGUAUGGCUAAAGACACACCUACAGAUGGUCGGGACAGUGGUAUGGCUAAAGACACACUUAUAGAUGGUAUGGCUAAAGGACAGUAUAGAUGGUAG